CAAUUAUACCUGUCUCAACAGUUUGAUUUACCAUCAUUUAACAUGACUAAUCUCUCUUCCAUCGUCGAUCGAAAUCAACGACCUCCAGAUUUCAAUCUGGAACCAUCCGAUCGGAGCUCCAUCGAGAGGCUCAGCUUCCAUGGGAGACAAUAACAUCGAAGUGCCCCAACCUCCCUUGCAGACUCCGCUCCUUCAGGAAUCAAACCUUUCUCAGGAAAACCAUCAUCAACAGGAAGUAACGAGGGAUGAAGGGACCGAUCUCGAUCGAAAUCUUCGGAGGCUGGAGACCUUCUUGACAUUUCUCGGCUUCAAUCAAUCUUCUCCGUUGAGCUUCAUUUUAUCUUGGACUGUUUUCGUCCUCGUAGGGGUAGUACUGCCGAUCGUGAUACUGGAGCUCCCGAAUUGUGAAGGUUGCGACGAGUAUCAGAUCAAGGAUUUCGAGCUUGAUAUCGUGGCAUCGCAGGCAUGCUUGGCCGCUGUUUCUCUGAUUUGUUUGUCGCAUAAUUUACGUAAGUAUGGCAUCAGGAAGUUUCUCUUUGUUGAUCGAAGUAGCGGUCACAUGGACCGAUUACGCAACCUCUAUAUUCGCCAGAUUUCGGAAUCUAUGCGCUUGCUCAUAUGGGGGUCAGUACCAUGUUUCAUUCUAAAGGUUUCGCGUGAAGUUAUCCGUGGUUUAUAUAUACGUCAUGAAUCAUGGUGGCAAUCCGUUGCAAUCUUAUUGGGUUUGAUCUUAUCCUGGACUUAUGUAAGUGCAAUAUUUCUGACAGCCAGCACCUUAUUUCACUUAGUCUGCAACUUGCAAGUUAUUCACUUUGAUGACUAUGCAAAGCUCUUGGAAAGGGAAUCUGAUGUUUUGGUGCUUAUGGAGGAACAUAUCCGUCUAAGGUAUCAUCUCUCUAAGAUAAGCCAUAGAUUCCGAAUUUAUCUUCUUCUAGAGUUCGUGGUUGUCACAGCUAGCCUAUUCAUGACUCUAUUCCAGACCACUGGGUACAGUGGAAUAAUUACUGCCAUAAAUGGUGGUGAUUUUGCGGUCUCCUCAGUUGUUCAAGUCAUUGGGAUAAUUAUAUCCCUGCAUGCUGCAACAAAAAUAUCCCACAGAGCCCAAAACAUUGCUUCUCUAGCAAGUAGAUGGCAUGCAUUAGCGGCAUGCUGUCCAGCUGAUGCAUCUCAAUUGAGAACUUCAAACAGUGCGGGCAACAUCCAAGCUGCCAGUUUACCAAACUUGCUGCAUAUAAAUUAUUCUGAAAGUGAUUUGGAGUCUCUCGACUAUGUUUCGAUGCCUACAGAUUCACGUUUGAUUUCUUAUAUGUCCUCAUAUUACAAGAGACAUGCCUUUGUAAUAUAUUUGCAGAUGAACCCUGGGGGAAUCACAAUUUUUGGAUGGACAGUUGAUCGGGGUCUUCUCAACACAAUCUUCUUCCUUGAACUCACUUUGGUUACCUUUGUACUUGGAAAGACCAUAAUUUUGAGCACGACAUGACCACUUUCGAUGAGGAGCUGCUCAACAGCUGUGGACUCCUCAAGGGAGUGGAGUGGAGUGGAGUGGUCGAGACAGCCCAUUAACGAGGUGGGGUUCCUCCUCCACCUUACUUACGAGCUUUACAACAACAUUUUUGCUCCAACAGACGAUGCACACCUUCAAUCUCAACAUUUUUGCUUCAACUCAAAUCAAAAGAGACUUGUUUGAAUGGUACAUUAAAAAAGAGAGUAAAAUAACCAUCAAAAAAUUUACCAAACAAUUUUCACUUGCAAGUUUUUACCCAUCUUACCCUGAAGGAAAAAAGGGGAAAAAAAAAUGACAUGACAUGCCAACGUAAUCGAUAUGCAUGGUAUUAAAUAUUGUACAGGAUAUCCGAACGCACGUUUUGUUUAUUUAGGCUGGGAUAGAAGCGUACACCAACCUCGCAAACUUACUGUUAGUAGAAAAGCUGUUAGCAGAAGGCAAGUAUCCACCGCUACAUACGUACAGAGAGCACAGAAAAUCCCAUGGAUCAUGACAUUUCACCUUGUUUUUGCCCAUUGUUCAUCUUUGACAAAAUGAAAG